GAGAGAGUAAGACUGAGCUGCAGAUCAGCGGAUAAACACGCAGAAUGCGCCGAGGACUGCGAGUGAAACGGAGGAUCGAGCAAAGGACCGACUUCUGUUUCUGUCCUCAAACUGCUGCAUACACCAGCUCCAUUCCCUUAUCUGUGUUUACGCAGUGAAGUCUCACAGGAGGUAGUGAUUUAUUGACACUUUCAAACGAUCAGAUGUAGAAAGUGGACAGAUGUGCUGCUGCUGCUGCUAUUGUCAUCUGAUGAAAUAUUUCUGUACCGGAAUAUAAAUUAGUAUAAGGGUGUUGUCAGUAAUCUCCUGGGACUUAUUGGCGUGUGUAAGGAUUUUCUUUUCUUUUUUCUUUUUUGCUCCUCAUUCAUAAAAUACUAGCAUGGAAGCUUCUGCAUUGAAGAUAGUAAUUUGUCUAUGGUGCCAACUCGUGAUUGCAGCCUACAGUCUGGAGAUAAGCGCUUAUGAUUUUGAGAGAGGUAGACCAGCUAAAUGUGAGCCGAUCGUCAUCCCUAUGUGCCAGGGCAUUGGAUAUAACAUGACCAGGAUGCCCAACUUAAUGGAUCAUGACAAUCAAAAGGAGGCAGAGAUUAAGCUGAAUGAAUUUGCCCCACUGGUGGAGUAUGGCUGUGAUGUCCAUUUGCGCUUCUUCCUCUGCUCUCUCUUUGCACCCAUGUGCGCCAAAGAGGUGUCCACAUCCAUCCCUGCCUGUAGACCAAUGUGUGAACAGGCACGUCAGAGGUGCUCUCCUAUUAUGGAGAAGUUUAACUAUGCUUGGCCUGAUUCUUUGAACUGCUCCAAACUGCCUACCAGGAAUGAUCCGAAUGCACUGUGCAUGGAAGCACCAGAGAAUGACACCAAACCAGAACCUUCGAAAGGAAAGGGAAUGCUUUCGGUUCCUCCGCGACCCCCCAAACAACCGGGGCUUGGAAGCGGCCGUCCAGGGGGCCCCUUGGGGGUCUGUGAGAACCCAGAAAAAUUUCAGUAUGUGGAGAAGAGUGAGUCAUGUGCUCCACGUUGCUCCUCAGCCGUAGAUGUGUUCUGGUCCAGACAGGACAAGGACUUUGCUUUUAUCUGGAUGGCUGUGUGGUCCACUUUGUGUUUCAUUUCCACAGCUUUUACAGUCCUCACCUUCCUCUUGGACCCUCAUCGCUUCCAGUACCCAGAGAGGCCCAUCAUAUUCCUUUCUAUGUGCUAUAAUGUUUACUCUGUUGCCUUCAUCAUUCGCUCAGUAGCUGGGGCAGAGAACAUUGCCUGUGACCGUGAAAAUGGGGAGCUUUACAUUAUCCAAGAGGGGCUCGAGAGCACGGGCUGCACCAUAGUCUUCCUCAUUCUUUACUAUUUUGGCAUGGCAAGUUCAAUCUGGUGGGUCAUUCUCACACUCACUUGGUUCCUGGCUGCAGGGAAAAAAUGGGGCCAUGAAGCCAUUGAGUCCCACAGCAGCUAUUUUCAUAUGGCAGCCUGGGGCAUACCUGCAUUAAAGACUAUAGUCAUCCUCACAAUGAGGAAGGUGGCAGGCGAUGAGCUGACGGGGCUGUGCUACGUAGGUAGCAUGGACGUGGGGGCACUAACAGGCUUCGUCCUGGUUCCACUGUCCUGCUACCUCAUCAUCGGGACGUCGUUCAUCCUCACCGGCUUUGUUGCACUUUUCCACAUCCGUAAGGUGAUGAAAACUGAAGGUACCAAUACAGAGAAGCUGGAAAAGCUAAUGGUCAAGAUCGGCAUCUACUCCAUCCUUUACACUGUUCCUGCAACCUGCGUCAUCAUCUGCUACUUCUACGAGCGCCUUAAUAUGGACUACUGGAAAUUCAGAGGUCUGGAGAGUAAGUGUACUACCUUAUCAGUCCGACGGAACGAGGACUGCAGUCUGGAAACGUCUGUACCCACAGUGGCUGUGUUCAUGCUGAAGAUCUUCAUGUCGCUGGUGGUAGGCAUAACCAGUGGUGUAUGGGUGUGGAGCUCCAAGACCUUGCAGACCUGGCAGGGGCUAUGUAGCCAAAAACUGGCAGACAGGACUAGCAGGAAGUACUGCAACGGAGGGAGCUGCAGUAGCAGCCACUGCCAUUACAAAGCCCCAGCCGUGGUACUGCACAUGUCCAAGACUGACCCCUACUCAGACUGCCCCACGCAUGUAUGAAAACAUCUCGAGCGUGUGUUUGUGUGUUUGUGGAGCUCCACUCAGCUGAAAUGGAGAGAGUGACCUCAUAUAAGAGUGACCUGUAAUGUACUCUAUGGACUUACACUACACCUCCCUCCGUGUAUGACCAUUUGAGAGCAGGAUUAAAGAUAAUUUUGGUCAAUUUUGUGAAAGAUGGACACACAGAAAGUGAAAUGUUGCAGCUUUUCACUAACGAAUGGACUCAUAAUCAGUGUAUUACAGUUAAAGGGAAUAUGUUUUAUUAUUGCUUUCUGUAAAAGUACAAAGAAGAGUAAAAUCUAACCUCAGUUAUGCAGUCCUUUAUCUGUUACAUACAUAGAAACACACAUGCAUGGAGGUAUAAGACAUGUCCUUGUCCAAAUUUAGCUCAAUUUGUGGCAUUUAUGUGUUUUUAAAGUUUUUAUAGUUCUUAUUUAUUGUGUAUAUAUUUAAUUUAGUUUGCUCUUGGUCUUUUUAAGGAAUGGCCUGUAUCUCUUUGUAAACAAGUUUUAUUGAAGGGC